AUGUUACUACUGCCUCCUGGAGUCGUGGUACUCAUGUUGAUGCAGCAGGACAUAUAUACUCUUAAUUUGGUUGCUGAUAGUCUUGAUGCUGGCUAUACUCUUAAUUUGGAAUUGGAUGUUUGCAAUUGUUCAAGUUAUGGGGAUUCAUCUGUUGUUAAUCGUGGAGUUGAUGAUGUGACUUCUGUUGGUGGUUCUAUUUUAUCUUCAAACUGCAAUGAAGAAUCUGGUACAAGUCAUUCUAUUUCAUCUGCUGCUCAAAAGACGUAUAUUCCUUUGAAUGUUCCCGACGUUUCGAAGCCAACUAUUAAUCAAUGCUUUCAGAGUUUGGACCAAGGUUUCAUAUUUUACAAGGAGUAUGGUCGUUUAGGUGGUUUUGAUGUGAGGAAGGGAACUGAAAAGAGGGAUGAAUCUGGUAUAGUUAGUAUUAAACAUUAUACAUGCAGUAAAGAAGGGUGUAAUGAUUUUCGUAGUACUUUGGAUAGUAAUUUGAGUAAAGUUAAGCGAAGGCGGACUGCUUCUAUUAGGUGUUGUUGCAAAGCAAAGAUAGUAUUAAAACUUAAUAAGGAUAGAGAAUAUUUUGUGUUUAAGUUUGAUGAGGUGCAUAAUCACCCCUUGGUUGAUGAAUCUGGAAGACAAUUUUUGCGAUCUAGUCGUCAAAUGACUAUAAGUUCGAGGAAUUUUGUGUUUGAUGCUGCAAAAGUUAACAUUGGCUGUAGUAAAGCUUACGGUUUGAUGAAAGAAAUGGUUGGUGGGUAUUCUAAUGUUGGAGCUACAGUGAGAGAUUUUAGGAACUUUAAUCGGGACUUGAAAUGCUACAUUGGAGAAGGAGAUGGACAAAUGUUAAUUGAAAAGUUUAAAGUGUUGCAAGAGGGGUCGAGUUCUUUCUAUUAUGCAUAUGAGCUUGAUGAGACAGGGCAUUUGACGAAGCUUUUUUGGGCUGAUGCAAUUUGUCGGAGGAAUUUCGAGGUGUAUGGGGAUGCGGUUUCAUUUGAUGCAACGUUCGAUACAAAUAAGUAA